AUGAUGAUAACGGCCUCGCACAACCUGGAACCGGAUAACGGGGUGAAGCUGAUCGACCCCGACGGCGAGAUGCUGGAGCAGAGCUGGGAGGAGAUCGCGACGAGGCUGGCCAAUGUCAGUGACAAUGACUUAGAAUCAACAACGGAGCAAGUGAUCAAGGAAGUCAAUGCGGAUAUGUCCCUCAAGGCGUCAGUCUUCAUUGGAAUGGACACUAGGUAUACCAGCCCAAGAUUGGCCGCGGCAGCCGUCCACGGGGUCAUCGCCCUUAAAGGCACUCCCAAGGAAUUCGGCAUCGUGACGACACCAAUGCUGCAUUUCUGCGUCAAGUGCAGGAACGACAACAAAUACGGAACCCCCACGGAGGAAGGAUACUACGAGAAAAUAGUUGGUGCUUUCAAGAGGGUCCGCGCUAAGCUGCCAGUGGGCGGAGACUACAACGCCACUCUGCAUGUGGACGGCGCGAACGGAGUGGGGGGGAAGAAGCUGAACAUCAUCAGGAAGACCCUGGACGGGGAGCUGGACCUGGUGCUGCACAACCUCGGCGGCAACGGCGGAAAGCUCAACCUGAACUGCGGUGCUGACUUCGUGAAGGUGACCCAGAAACCGCCCGUGGGCGUAGAGCAUAUACCCUUCCAAAGAGUGGUUUCCCUGGAUGGAGAUGGCGAUAGGAUCGUCUAUUACUACCUGGACGAUAACGACGUGAUGCACCUGCUCGACGGGGAUCGUAUCGCGACCCUCCUCGCCGGCUACGUGACCGAGCUGCUGGGCGCGUGCGGCGCCGCCCAGCUGCGCCUCGGCCUCGUGCAGACGGCGUACGCCAACGGCGCCUCCACCAACUACAUCGUGAACGAGCUGAAAGUGCCCGUUACGUGCGUGAAGACGGGCGUGAAGCAUCUGCACCACGCCGCCCUUUCUUACGACGUGGGCGUUUACUUCGAGGCGAACGGGCACGGCACAGUCGUGUACAGCGAAACGGCGAAGCGCACGAUCGGCAGGAUCGCCGAGGACGGCGACACAGAGCAGCGAAAGGCGGCCGGCCUACUCCUCGACUUCGUGGACAUGACGAACGAGACCGUUGGGGACGCGAUAUCUGACCUCUUCCUCGUAGAGACCGUCCUCUGCGCGAGAGGUCAAAAUGUGCGCCAGUGGAUGGCCGCCUAUACAGACCUGCCCUGCAGGCAGCUCAAGGUCACUGUGCAGGACCGCAACGCGAUCAGCACGGCGGACGCGGAGCGCGUUUGCACCGCCCCCGAGGGGCUGCAGGGGCGCAUCGUAGAGCUGGCGGGCCGCUACGCCGACGGCCGCUCGUUCGUCCGGCCCUCCGGCACGGAGGACGUGGUGCGCGUCUACGCGGAGGCCGCUACGCAGCAGGACGCGGAUAAGCUAGCAGCAGAGGUAGCUCAAGCGGUGUUCGACCUGGCGGGCGGCGUCGGCGAAAGACCAAAAUUGCCGGAA